CCAUUUCUUUACCUUAAGAAAAUCAGCUUUGUAAUUCACAACAGAGAAGGCAAUUGGUGCAUUAUCAGAUCAAAUUAGCUUGUCAAAUUUCAGAAAUAAGACGGGCUUUGCUAUGACAGUAUCCAAUUAUCGCGAAGUGUUAAGGAACGCGGACAAUAAGAAAUGGCAAGCUAGAUUAGGGAAAGGCAUAUACAUCAAUAGCAUUUACAUGGAAACAUUUGAUGCUGAAGAGGAAGCUGCCAGAACUUCUGAUAUUGCAAUGAUAAGGGUGAGAGGUAGGAGUGCGUUCCCCAAUUUUGAUAUAAGUCUAUAUGAUGUCCAAGCCAUUCUGGAUAGCACAACCUUUCCAAUAAAAGGUGCUUUGAAGAUGUUAAAGCGGAAUUCAGUUGAUGAUGUGCAUCAAAAGAGAAGAAAGACUCGCAAUGUCUCCAGCUCAACCCUUGGUGCCCCACCAUCACUUCACCCAAUAGAUCAAACUCAAACAACAACAAUCAAUUCAUGCCUUCAGUAUCAAUUUUUGAUCCCUUCCCUCCAAGUUACUGUCCCUCAUGGUUACCAAAACCCUACCUCUGAAGCAAACCGAAGUUUCAAUCCUCAGUAUGACUAUGGUGGAAGUGAGCCAACAGCCCAGUUUCAACCUAUCAUACCCUUACUGAUUCAAGAGUUUCCAUCUCACCAGUACUCUAACGGCAGUUCCCAGCACCACCUUGAUCAAACCCCUAGCUCUCAAUUCCUUCACGACACUCAGAACCCUAAUCUUGUUGCUAGGUUGAACAAUCUAGCAAGUGAAAGCUGUAUGGAAGAAUUUUCCAGCAGUCAGGUUCAUGACGCGAGUUUCAAGAUGAUGGGGACGAACGAGGGUGGUGCUCAUAGUGAUGGCAGCAAUCAAGUAGUUGGAAAUCUUGGUGAUCCUGAGGUUGGGCUGGGCAAUUCUGACUUGGAUCCUGCUAGCUGGCUGUAG